CAGCUCUGACCGUUUGCUUUAACUGACAGGCAUCUAAGGCAGCACCCUGACAUACAAAGGAUACCAAAGAAUUUUGUUUUGCGACAUCAGAGUGUCCACUAAAGUGCCAUCAUGAGCACAGACGCGGAGAUGGAGCAGUAUGGCGCGGCGGCCGUUUACCUCCGCAAGCCAGAGAGGGAGAGGAUUGAGGCCCAGACUGCUCCAUUUGAUGCCAAGACAGCUUUCUUUGUCGUUGAUACUGACGAGAUGUAUGUCAAGGGUAAACUGGUCAAAAAGGACGGGGGCAAAGCCACGGUUGACACAGAUGGAGGAAAGUCUGUCACUGUAAAAGAGGAUGAAAUCCAUCCCAGGAACCCUCCAAAGUUCGAUAAGAUGGAGGACAUGGCCAUGAUGACCCACCUCAAUGAGCCAUCUGUGUUGUAUAACCUCAAAGAGCGUUAUGCAUCAUGGAUGAUCUACACCUACUCUGGGUUGUUCUGCGUCGUCGUGAAUCCCUACAAGUGGCUUCCUGUGUACGAUGCUGUAUGUGUAGCAGCAUACAGAGGCAAGAAGAGGAUUGAGGCUCCACCCCACAUCUUCUCCAUCUCUGACAAUGCCUAUCAGUUCAUGCUCACUGAUCGUGAGAACCAGUCUGUCCUGAUUACCGGAGAAUCUGGUGCUGGAAAGACUGUCAACACCAAGCGUGUCAUCCAGUACUUUGCAACAAUUGCAGCUCUUGGUGCUAAGAAGGCUGAGGCAACAGCUGGCAAGAUGCAGGGCUCCCUUGAGGACCAAAUUGUUGCGGCCAACCCUCUGCUGGAGGCCUAUGGUAAUGCCAAGACUGUGAGGAAUGACAACUCCUCUCGUUUUGGUAAAUUCAUCAGAAUCCACUUUGGUUCUACUGGAAAGCUGGCCUCAGCUGAUAUUGAAACAUAUCUGCUGGAGAAGUCCCGUGUCACCUUCCAGUUGUCUGCUGAGAGGAGCUACCAUAUCUUCUAUCAGCUGAUGACUGGACACAAGCCUGAGCUCCUGGAGGCUCUCCUGAUCACCACCAACCCCUAUGACUAUCCAAUGAUCAGCCAGGGUGAAAUCACUGUCAAGAGUAUCAAUGAUGUGGAGGAGUUCAUAGCAACAGAUACUGCUAUUGACAUCUUGGGCUUCAAUGCUGAAGAGAAAGUNGGCAUCUACAAGCUGACUGGUGCUGUGAUGCAUCAUGGCAACAUGAAAUUCAAGCAGAAGCAGCGAGAGGAGCAGGCUGAGCCUGAUGGCACUGAGGAGGCUGAUAAGAUCGCCUACCUCAUGGGUCUGAACUCAGCCGAUAUGCUGAAAGCUCUGUGCUACCCAAGAGUCAAGGUCGGCAAUGAGUUUGUGACUAAAGGUCAGACCGUCCCUCAGGUCAACAAUGCUGUCAGCGCUCUGUGCAAGUCUGUCUAUGAGAAAAUGUUCUUGUGGAUGGUCAUCCGUAUCAAUGAGAUGCUGGACACAAAGCAGCCAAGACAAUUCUUCAUUGGAGUGUUGGAUAUCGCUGGAUUUGAGAUCUUUGAUUACAACAGCUUGGAGCAACUCUGCAUCAAUUUCACCAAUGAGAAACUGCAACAGUUCUUCAACCACCACAUGUUUGUCCUGGAGCAAGAGGAGUACAAGAAAGAAGGCAUUGAUUGGGAGUUCAUUGACUUUGGUAUGGACUUGGCUGCUUGCAUUGAGCUUAUUGAGAAGCCAAUGGGCAUCUUCUCCAUCCUUGAAGAGGAGUGCAUGUUCCCCAAAGCUACAGACUCUUCUUUCAAGAACAAGCUGCAUGAUCAGCAUCUUGGCAAGACCAAGGCCUUUGAGAAGCCAAAGCCUGGAAAGGGCAAGGCUGAGGCUCACUUCUCCCUGGUUCACUAUGCUGGUACAGUGGACUACAAUAUCACUGGCUGGCUGGACAAGAACAAGGACCCACUGAACGACUCAGUUGUUCAACUGUACCAGAAGUCUGCAAACAAACUGCUGGCCUUCCUGUAUGCAUCUCAUGCCUCAGCUGAGGAGGCUGGUGGUGGUGGUGGCGGCAAGAAGGGUGGUGGCAAGAAGAAGGGUGGUUCCUUCCAGACUGUGUCCGCCCUUUUCAGAGAGAACUUGGGCAAGCUGAUGACCAACUUGAGGAGCACUCAUCCUCACUUUGUGCGUUGCCUGAUUCCCAAUGAAUCAAAGACCCCAGGUCUUAUGGAGAACUUCUUGGUCAUCCACCAGCUGAGGUGUAACGGUGUGCUGGAGGGCAUCAGAAUCUGCAGAAAGGGCUUCCCCAGCAGAAUCCUCUACGGUGACUUCAAGCAGAGAUACAAAGUAUUGAACGCCAGUGUCAUCCCUGAGGGACAGUUCAUUGACAACAAGAAAGCUUCAGAGAAGCUGUUGGGCUCCAUUGAUGUGGACCACACUCAGUACAAGUUUGGACACACAAAGGUGUUCUUCAAAGCUGGUCUGCUGGGUACCCUUGAGGAGAUGAGAGAUGACAAACUGGCUGCGCUGGUGACCAUGACUCAGGCUCUCUGCAGAGGAUAUCAAAUGAGGAAAGAGUUUGUUAAGAUGAUGGAGAGGAGAGAUGCAAUCUUCACCAUCCAGUACAACGUUCGAUCAUUCAUGAAUGUGAAGAACUGGCCUUGGAUGCAUCUGUACUUCAAGAUCAAGCCUCUUCUGAAGAGUGCUGAGACUGAGAAGGAGUUGCAGCAGAUGAAGGAGAACUAUGGGAAGAUGCAAUCAGAUCUAAAUGCUGCUUUGGCCAAGAAGAAGGAACUGGAGGAGAAGAUGGUUUCCCUGCUGCAGGAGAAGAAUGACCUGCAACUCCAAGUGGCUUCAGAAUCUGAAAAUCUCUCGGAUGCUGAGGAAAGGUGUGAAGGUUUGAUUAAGAGCAAGAUCCAGCUCGAGGCCAAACUCAAAGAGACAACCGAGAGACUGGAGGAUGAAGAGGAAAUCAAUGCUGAGCUGACUGCCAAGAAGAGGAAGUUGGAGGAUGAAUGCUCUGAGCUGAAGAAGGACAUUGAUGACUUGGAGCUCACCUUGGCUAAAGUGGAGAAGGAGAAACAUGCCACAGAAAACAAGGUGAAAAACCUGACAGAGGAAAUGGCCUCUCAAGAUGAAGCCAUUGCCAAGUUGACCAAGGAGAAGAAAGCUCUCCAAGAGGCACAUCAGCAAACACUGGAUGACCUCCAGGCAGAGGAAGACAAAGUCAACACUCUGACCAAGGCCAAGACAAAGCUGGAACAGCAAGUGGAUGAUGUAAGAAAACAACUGUUUAAGCGGGAGGCUGAGUUCCAGAAGCUGCGUCGUGACCUGGAAGAGGCCACUUUGCAGCAUGAAGCAACUGCAGCAGCUCUCCGCAAGAAGCAGGCUGACAGUGUUGCAGAGCUGGGAGAGCAGAUCGACAACCUCCAGCGGGUCAAGCAGAAGCUGGAGAAGGAGAAGAGCGAGUACAAGAUGGAGAUUGAUGACCUCUCCAGCAACAUGGAGGCUGUUGCCAAGGCAAAGGCCAAUCUGGAGAAAAUGUGCAGAACUCUUGAGGACCAGUUGAGUGAAAUCAAGUCCAAAAAUGAUGAGAACGUUCGCCAGCUGAAUGACAUGAGUGCACAGAGGGCAAGACUUCAGACAGAGAAUGGUGAGUUUACUCGCCAGCUUGAAGAGAAGGAAGCUCUUAUCUCCCAGCUCACCAGAGGCAAACAGGCUUACACUCAGCAAAUUGAAGAACUCAAGAGACACAUUGAGGAAGAAGUGAAGGCAAAGAAUGCCCUGGCCCAUGCUGUUCAGUCAGCCCGCCAUGACUGUGAUCUGCUCAGAGAGCAGUUUGAGGAGGAGCAGGAGGCCAAGGCUGAGCUGCAGAGAGGAAUGUCCAAGGCCAACAGUGAGGUGGCUCAGUGGAGAAGCAAAUAUGAGACUGAUGCCAUCCAGCGCACUGAGGAGCUGGAGGAGGCCAAGAAAAAGCUUGCCCAGCGCCUGCAGGAGGCUGAGGAAUCCAUUGAGGCUGUGAACUCCAAGUGUGCCUCUUUGGAGAAGACCAAGCAGAGACUGCAGGGUGAGGUGGAGGACCUCAUGAUUGAUGUGGAGAGAGCUAACGCUCUGGCUGCCAACCUUGACAAGAAGCAGAGGAACUUUGACAAGGUCCUUUCAGAAUGGAAGCAGAAGUAUGAGGAGGGCCAGGCAGAGCUGGAGGGAGCCCAGAAGGAGGCUCGUACUCUCAGCACUGAGCUGUUCAAGAUGAAGAACUCCUAUGAGGAGGCUCUGGAUCAGCUGGAGACCAUGAAGAGAGAGAACAAGAACCUGCAGCAGGAGAUCUCAGAUCUGACUGAGCAGAUUGGUGAGACUGGAAAGAGCAUCCAUGAGCUGGAAAAAGCCAAGAAGGCUGUGGAAAGUGAGAAGGCUGAAAUUCAGACAGCUUUAGAGGAAGCUGAGGGUACACUUGAACAUGAGGAAUCCAAGAUUCUCCGUGUUCAGCUUGAGCUGAACCAGGUCAAAGGUGAGGUUGACAGGAAGCUGGCAGAGAAGGACGAGGAGAUGGAGCAGAUCAAGAGGAACAGCCAGAGGGUGACUGACUCCAUGCAGAGCAAUCUUGAUUCUGAGGUCAGGAGCAGGAAUGAUGCCCUGAGAAUCAAGAAGAAGAUGGAGGGAGACCUGAAUGAGAUGGAGAUUCAGCUGAGCCAUGCCAACAGGCAGGCUGCUGAGGCCCAGAAACAACUGAGGAACGUUCAGGGACAGCUCAAGGAUGCCCAACUGCACCUUGAUGAUGCCGUCAGAGGACAGGAAGACAUGAAGGAACAGGUUGCCAUGGUGGAGCGCAGAAAUGGUCUGAUGGUGGCUGAGAUUGAGGAGCUGAGAGCUGCUCUGGAACAGACUGAGAGAGGACGCAAAGUGGCUGAGCAGGAGCUGGUUGAUGCUAGUGAGCGUGUCGGCCUGCUUCACUCUCAGAACACCAGCCUUCUGAACACCAAGAAGAAGCUGGAGUCUGACUUCGUCCAGGUCCAGGGUGAGGUGGAUGAUGCAGUUCAGGAAGCAAGAAAUGCUGAGGAGAAAGCCAAAAAGGCUAUCACUGAUGCUGCCAUGAUGGCUGAGGAGCUGAAGAAGGAGCAGGACACCAGCGCUCACCUGGAGAGGAUGAAGAAGAACCUGGAGGUCACAGUCAAGGACCUGCAGCACCGUCUGGAUGAGGCUGAGAACCUGGCCAUGAAGGGUGGCAAGAAGCAGCUCCAGAAACUGGAGUCCAGGGUGCGCGAGCUUGAAGCUGAAGUUGAAGCUGAGCAGAGACGUGGAGCUGAUGCUGUCAAAGGAGUGCGCAAAUAUGAGAGGAGAGUGAAGGAGCUGACCUACCAGACUGAGGAGGACAAGAAGAACGGAACCAGACUUCAGGAUCUGGUGGACAAGCUUCAGCUCAAAGUGAAAGCUUACAAGAGACAAGCUGAGGAGGCUGAGGAGCAGGCCAACACCCACAUGUCCAGGCUCAGGAAGGUUCAACAUGAGCUGGAGGAAGCUCAGGAGCGCGCUGACAUCGCUGAGUCCCAGGUCAACAAGCUGAGAGCCAAGAGCCGUGAUGCUGGAAAGGGAAGUGACUCUGCUGAAUAAGACACAAGAUCCAGCCGAGGCAAUGAAGAGUUCAUACAAUAUGAGCCCUUGAAUAUUUUCUUCUGUAAAUCUUCAAUAAAUGCUAUAAAUUUCUA